UAAAAGCACACGGUUCUGAUUCUGUCUUCCGUGGAAUGUUCUUUACUUUGCCCUUUCGAACAUCCUCUCCUUGUCCUCAAAGCCAAUGGCCCAACUCUCUUUGGGCUCCACAGUUUCUAUCUCUCGUUCUCGCCACAUCCGUCCUCCAGUCACCGCCCGCCACGUCAACAUCAGCACGACAACCACAAAACUAACAAUGCCCAAUCACCACCCAUCCCUGGAGGUCAUAGGCGGCGGACGUGAUCGCUUCCUCCAAGCUCUCCACACCACCCUCCGCCAGCCCUACAAUCCUUUCCCCCUCAUCACCUGGAAUCGCCACGUCGAGACCAUCUUCGCCUCCUUCUUCCGCUCCGUUCCCCAAGUCAGACUACGCCGAGAGUGCCUCCAAGUCAAAGAUGGCGGCUACGUCGCCCUCGACUGGGUCUCCGGCGACGACCGCCGUCUUCCUUCCGAUUCUCCCAUCCUAAUUUUACUGCCGGGUUUGACUGGAGGAAGCCAGGAUUCAUAUGUAAGACAUAUGUUAACUAAAGCAAAAUGUAAAGGGUGGCGCGUUGUGGUUUUCAAUAGCCGAGGUUGUGGAGGUAGUCCAGUUACCACUCCCCAGUUUUACUCAGCUUCGUUUCUAGGAGACACGCGUGAAGUAGUGAAACAUGUCGGCGCUAGAUACCCGGAAGCUAAUUUGUAUGCUGUUGGUUGGUCUCUUGGUGCAAAUAUUCUUGUUCGAUAUCUUGGUCAGGAAUCUCAUACUUGCCCCCUUUCUGGUGCUGUGUCAUUGUGUAAUCCUUUCAAUUUGGUCAUUGCUGAUGAGGACUUCCACAAGGGCUUUAACAAUGUUUAUGAUAAAGCUCUUGCUAGAGCCCUCUGUAAAAUAUUCCAGAAGCAUGCUCUCCUAUUUGAAGAUAUGGAGGGUGAAUUUAAUAUUCGCUUAGCUGCUAAUGCCAAAUCUGUCAGGGACUUCGAUGAAGGAUUAACACGGGUUUCGUUUGGUUUCAAGUCAGCGGAUGAGUACUACUUUAAUUCAAGCAGUUCUGAUUCCAUAAAACAUGUUCAAAGACCGUUGCUCUGCAUCCAGGCUGCAAAUGAUCCAAUUGCACCCUCUAGGGCAAUUCCUCGAGAAGAUAUCAAGGAAAAUCCAAACUGCAUGUUGAUAGUGACACCUAAAGGUGGGCAUUUAGGGUGGGUUGCGGGUGCUGAGGCUCCUCUAGGAGCUUCUUGGACUGACCCUGUGGUAAUGGAUUUUCUCGAGCAUUUGGAAAGAAAUGCAUCCAAAACUGCUAGAUUUUCUUGUGACUCAGAAGCUGUGCAGCAUAGUUCAGAAGGCUUGCAUCACGUGGAAGCAUAGCUGGUAAAUUAUUUGCAAAUUCAUCUGUGCUUGAUCUGCCAUAUUAUUCGGUAUUACUAAUUUGAUUGUAACAUUAAGUUCAAUGUAGCAUAGCCAAUUCUUUAUUUUCAUGCUACUGUAGCUGCUGCAUCACAGCUGAAAAUCGAAUCCCAUUUUUAUGAUGACCUGAUGAUGCUUGAUGCUUGAUACUUGAUAGGUGCAAUUAAUUUUUUGAGGAACUAAAUAAUGAAGUUUCUCAAUUCGCCGGAUCAUCUUUUUCUGCAUUUGCUUAAUUUGUUGCUUUUGUCCUGAUAUUGCUUUUAUGUGCAAUGUUAACAAUGUCACCGUACCAUCCAGAAGAGCAGAAAAUGAUCUAGCAGGUUGCUAUGCAUCGCAUCCUGGAAGAGAAGGUAGAUAUCAAAGUCCGGUUUCGUGAUGUGCUUGAUUACCCUAUCGACAACCUUUUCCUGUCCAGGUUGAAUAUCCAUAAGAAAUGUGGAAAUUCCCAUUGCAAAAACAGAAUCUUAUAUCCUUUUUAUAUAAAGGAAAAUUGACCCCUCGUGGAUGUUUUAUCUCUUCACACCAACUGCCAUUUUCAUCACCAGAGCAUGAAUAUUCAUGAAUUCCAAGCAUAAAAAAAAGUUGAUUCCUUAUCUUUUUUGAAAUGGAGUUGAUAAAAUUUCUGUUAAAAUCAUUAUUCACUUCCAAUUAGGAGAUUAGACUAUGACGAACUGGAUUUAAUAAGCUUAACUGACCUGACAUUCUGACUCAUCUCCAUCUGAUUUACUAUGUAUUUUUUUUUUUUUGGCUAUAAUAGUCAAAUCGAAAUUGAUUUGCUAACGAAUAGUCUUGGGAAGCGACUGUGUCUUGACCGGGGUGAUUUUGCAAAAGUUCAAAGUUGAUAU